UUGUAUUCGCAUAGCACGAAUAGAGUCGAUGGUACGCUUGAAAGUCAUUGUGUUUCUUUUGUUGACGAGACGCAAAACAAAACAAAGAGAUUAAAUACACAAUUCGAAAAUCGAAACGACGACGACGACUAAGAAGCAGAUUCAUUUUUCAUUUGCAAAUUUCAGUUGUAAACGUAGAAAAAAUUUGGUCGACUCUCUGUCGACACACAUUUUUGAAUUUUAAUUUUUUUUUUUAAAUAAAAAUCAAGUUUCAAGUGUUGUAAAUCAAAAAUAGUUGAAAAACACCAACAAUUUCAAAACGAAAUUUCGUGAAAUAGACGAGAAACUAAAAAAGAUUAUAAAAAAGAUUAAAUGUAUGUGUUCGUGUGAAAUACAAAGACGUCUGACAUUUAAAUUUGCUUUAGUGCGUAUUUAAGCAAAUAUAAAGUUUUUGCAAAACGAAUUUAAAAUAGAAAAAAAAGAAGAAAGAAAAUCAUAGCAAAAUGACAACCACACCACCAAAAAAUGCAGACGAUUCAUUGAGUGAUUCGUGGAUUGAUAUGAAUGGCAUCAAAAGUCCAGGCAAUCUAUCGGGCCAUGUAACGCCAUUACCAUUUACAUUUGGCGAAGAGUAUUUGCGUUUGUUGCGCGAAGCACAACGUGAUUCAAAUCAAUCGAGUCGUGUUGUAUCAUUGACCAGUUCCAGACGUGAUACGCCAAAGGAAAGUCCAAAAUCACCUCCAAACAGCCCGAAUUUUGCGGACGAUGAAUUGCGCGGUGUGUAUGUUAAUUACUGGAAUAAAGAAGGUGGUGAAUAUAUGAAUUUUCAAAAUGCUGAUUGGAUAUGGGAUUGGAGUUCGCGACCCGAUCAAUUACCACCAAAAGGAUGGAAUUUCCAACAUCCACGACGACGACCGGGCUAUUCAAUGCGUUUGGCACGUGUUGGCAAUAAUUCAUUAUUUUCACGCGAAGUACUUUACUCGUUAUUGCUCACAAAUGUAUUGUCGCUGAUUAUUGGGGCUGGUGUUGGAGUUUGGCUAAGUAAACGUGGUGUUGGUUUCAUCUUUGGCAAUAUCCAAUCGCUUGAAUGAUUAAUCGCCGAUGAUGUUUAUGUACUGGACGGCAUGAACUGGAUUUAGAUAACAAUUAUUUAAAAAAAAAAAACACAAUUCUUCUUUGCGACGCAAACAACUGCAUCGCAA